CAAAGAGAAAGAAGAAGAGCAGUAAACGUGGGGGGGAGAAAAAGUCACAGUAAUCCAAACCUUGCUGUAGUAUUUAAGGAUAUACGAUCAUCUCAUCAAUACCAUGAAGAAGACACAAACACCGAGGAGCUGUAAACUGCUCAAUGGCAGCGUGGGUAGAAGGGUUCUUUUACUGUCCAUGCCGUGUCUCUUGCUAAUGUGGCCCUCCUGCUGUGAGUCAAGAUCACUGCACUCUACGAUAGCCAUGACCUCCGAGGAACAGAGCGGUGACGAGGAGAUUUCUGUCUUUACAACCCACUCAACUGAGAUCACUCCUCAGAUUUCUACUACAGUGACUACCAGUGCCACAAGAAUUCCAUUGAAGCCUUUCAACCUACGCAAGAUUGUGCAGUUUCUUCAGGAGAACAUGUUACUGAUCAUCGUUGUGGCUUCAUUGCUAGCAGUCAUCAUUUUUAUCGUUUGUUGUGCUUCCGUACUUCGCCAUAAACAUAAAGUCAAUGCUUAUUAUCCAUCAUCAUUUCCCACCAAAAAAUAUGUGGAUCAUCAGGAUAAGUCAGGAGGCAGCAAAAGCUUCAAUGAAAUACCGGAGAAGACCACUAACUGCCAGAAAGUGGAACAGGUGGAUUCCACUAAGCAGCUCCAAGCAGACAUUAAAGCAGCAGCCCAAAGCCUAAGAUCUCCUUCUAAGGCUCCACUGAACACUCAAGACCCUAAACUAUCCCAGCAAAAUGCAGAAGUCACAGCUCCACAAAGCAAUACUGAACUUCCAGGAAACUCCUUACAAACACAAAAAGAUUCUCUCACACUAUCAUCACCUUCGGUGAACAGGUCCCCAGAGAUCAGUCACCAUCAGUUGCAAGAGGCUUGUCCGAAUAAAACAACAACUCCCCAAAACUCAGACCCACCAGCUACAUCCAUUUGUCAAGACAUUCAGAAUAAAGCUGCAAGUCAAGAGGCUGAAUUGGUCAAUCCAGAAAAUGCAGGGGUUCACCACGGCAACCAGGAGUGUCAGCCAAGCAGUUUGGAGACCCAGGAAGUGAUUCAGUCAAGUAGCCAGGAGACCCAGGAAGUGAUUCAGCCAAACGGCUGUGAGACCCAAGAAGUCGUUCAGGCCAGCAGUGAGGAGACCCCGGAAACAGUUUGUCCUGAAACUGAGAAAGUACAAGGUGCUUCUGUGACAAGUGAGCCAACCACAGCUGCACUAUGUGAUGAAAGUCAGAGCUCUGCCACCCCAGGGUACCCAAAUAUUAGUGGGGAGACCACUGCAUUUUAGGAACGGACAAGCAGCGGAUAAGUGAACCCAAAGGCUCUGCUCUUUGUUCAUCAUGACAAAACACCACAGUGCCAGUUUCUAGCUUCCUAAAUGUCUGCUUUUACAGUUUUUCUUAGAUUCAAAUUUUGAUCAUCG